AUGGAGCAUGUCUGGUUCAGAUGCUCCCUCAACAUACGUAUAAAUCAACAGGCUGUGACAUCUUUUGGCCAAUGGUUAAGGAAUGUUAUUGAGGAAGGGAAGACCCUACAAGAGCGGUCACAAUGCCUAAUUGUUAUUGCAUACUUCUGCUGGCAGAUUUGGAAAGAUCGGUGCAAAGCGGUACUAGAAUACAUCUCCCUUUCACCAACUAGAACUAUUCAUGCUGCCUCUACUGCCAUCAAUGAAUUCCUUGGCACCCUUGAUCAUGGUAGACAUCAAACUGAGCCUCCCACCCUUUCUAAUGCAACAUCUUUGGAACCCCCUGCCUCCCCUUUUGUCAAGAUUAAUGUGGAUGUAUCCUGGAAUCCAAACUCAAGGAGGGUUGGCAUUGGAAUCUUGAUUAGGGACACCCAUGGAGAUUUUCUCAAUGGUACAUCCAUCCCAUCUGUGGCUGAGGUGCUGGCUUGUCUCGAAGGUUGUAAGCUCGCUACUGAGAUGGGUUGUCAUCAUGUCACAUUUGAAUAUGAUUGUAAGGAAAUAAUCUCUUCUUUGAAGGGCUCCAUUUCCAAAGGAAGUUGA